AACGCGUGUUUAAAAAAACUUGUUAGUUUCAGUUUUAUCCUGACAUUUUUGUCUAAUUGUCGUAUUUAUAAAAGAGUAACUUUACUAAUUUUAAAACAGUGUUCGAUUUGAAAUGUACAAAAUGUAUUCGGUGGUAAUCUUUGUUUCUCUAAGUUUAUUUCUUGAUUUUGGUGGUGCUCAAUCAGGAAAAUGUAACAAUCCACCUCCGAGUGAUAAUUUUAACGAAGAUGAUUGUGCAAAAACUCGUUAUUUUUAUGUUUACGCCGCUUCAAUCCCAUGUGAAAAUUGCUGCAUACUGCGGGAAUUACACCAAAAAUCGCCCGGCGUUUUAGAAACUAAAGAAUUUAACAGAAAAGGCCAAGAGCCGGCAGUUAAUCAAACGAUUAAGAUGAUUAAACAAGGAAAAUCACCGUUUUAUAAAAUUAAAGAUAAAAAUGGGAAAUAUUUAACUUUUUAUCUUGUAAAUGGAACGGAUUGCGGUGAAAAAUCGUUUUUGUAUACGAAGUGGGAUAAAGUCUUGUAUGUUUAUACAUCAAACCCUAACCAAGAACCAGAUUUUUUAAAUACUUUGCAAAAGAUGACUUUGGAUAUAAAAGGAUGUGAUGUAAAAUUAUAUCCUUAUAACCCCAAAGAUAACUGUAAAUAAUUUAUGUCACGUUUUUGGUCUUAAUAAAAAUGUUUAUGUUAUAUGUUAACGUAUACACACAA